CAGCGCCCUGGAAACGCCUGCGGGCGUCGUUUUAUGAAAUGGUGAAUUUAUUGAAGGAUAUUAGUUAAGAGGAGUUUUUGAUCUUUUUAAUUUUUUCCUACUUUUCUUCUUCUGAACUUCGAAACCGAGAACGAUGAGACUCGGAUCCAGCUCCACGUCCUCUAGAGGCCGGUCCUUCCCCGGCCGGUACCGGAAGAUCGCACCGAAUUCUCAGGUGGAUGAAAGCCUGUUCGGGAACCCGGACUCGGUCGCAUCCCGGAGAAGCUCAGGCGUGAAGGAAAAGGAGAGAUCACUGAAGAACAGAGAAGGAGAGAUGGUGCAGAUCAUCACCAAAGACCUGAUCCGUACUCUCAGGGUACCUCGGAAGGAUCCUCCAGGAGAGUCCACCAUUCUGCCGCCUGUGGAGUUUCAUCGGAUGACCUCUGCAUCUCACAUCCUCAUCAGAGAGGAGAGGGAGGCCAAACAGAAGGCUUCCCAGUUAAAGAAAGAAGAGGACCUCAAAGCGUCAGAGGACAGGAAGAAUCUGAUCUGCAAGGUGGACGAGUCUCGGCGGGAGAACCCGGUGCUGACGGAGCUGGAGCUGGAGGCCCGUGACAGAGCUCAGCGUCUGGUGGAGAGGGCCAAUGCUUUAAGGAUGGAGCAAGAGGACGAGAUCAAACAACUCAACCAGCUGAUUCUAGGAGCUCAGUGUCAAGCCACCCGGGACGUCCAGAUGAAUGAGAAGAAGCUGAACCAGGAGGAGAUGGCUGAGGAGGAGAGGCGUCUGGACGCAAUGAUGGAGGUGGAGCGCUGCAAGGCUCUGGAGACGAUCAGCAAGAUUGAUGAGCUGCGCAAGCAACAAAGAAUCAGGGGAAUGCAGCAGAUUUAUGAGCAGAUCCAGCAGCGUCUGCUGGAGAAGCAAGUGCAAGACGAAAUGAAAGACCAAGAGAGUCAGCAGUUCAGAGAGAAACAGGAGCAGAUGAAUCUGGAAGACCUCAGGGCCCUGGAGAAGAAAAGAGAGGAGCAGAAGCUUCUGCAGGGGGAGAUCAUGCGCAUCAAUGCUGAGACCAUGCAUGCCAAGGAGCAACGGAAGGAGCAGGAGAAGCUGGCUGAUCUCAGAGAUCUGGAAUACAUUCGACAGAAAAUGGAGCGGGAGGCAGAGUACGAAGCCGAGCAACGACGAAUCAAGAAGGAGAAAGAGUUGGAAAUCGCUCGACUCAGAGCCCAGCAAGAAAGAGCAAAAGACCACAAAGCGGAGCAGGAUGAGCUCCGCGCUCGGAGGAACCAGGAAGCGAUGGACAGAGAGUGGAGGAGAGCCGAGAAAGAGCUGGCCGUCAAGAAGGCUCAGGAGGAAGCCAUGCUGAGGGCGGCACGCCGGGAGCAGGUCCGCAACAAGGAGCAGUGCCUAUCCACCGAGGCCGGGCGUGAGAGGGCGGAGUUCGACCGGGUGCUGAAAGUCCAGAAGGAAGCGAUGGCCAAAGAGAAGGAGCAGCAGGAAAGGCAGCAUGAGAACGCUCGCCGCCACGCGCACGCCAUCCGCCAGCAGAUGCAGGAGCGCGAGCUGUCGGCCGCGGCGAAGCGCCGGGAGUUCUUCAAGGAGGCGGAUCGGCGCGGCGAGGAGGCGCGGCUGAGGCAGCAGCGCCUCCAUGAGAUCAAAGAAAAGAAGCUGAGGGAUCUCCGCGCGACAGGACUCUCUGACAAGUACUGCAAGGAGGUGGAAAGGAAGACUCGGACCUGCUUAGCAUGAUUCAGUUACGGAUGGAAAUGUG